GAAGAGCGCGCGGCCAGGGGACCGGGCUGGUUACUUCCUCCACCGCGGCGCUGAGCACGGAGUGGACACCGCCGAGUCCCACCAAUCCCCGCCAUCGCCCCCCGGCCCCGCGCUCCCGGAUCGGCCCUGCGCCUUCGCCUCGCCGGGCCUCGCGCGCCCGGAUCACCUCGAUCUCCUCUCCCAGCCGCCGGCCGGCCGGCCCUGCCCGCUGCGGCGCGAUGAAUGAUUUUGCAAUCAAGAACAUGGACCAAGUGGCCCCCGUCGCUAACAGUUUUCGAGGGACACUCAAGCGCCAGCCGGCCUUUGACACCUUUGAUGGUUCUCUGUUUGCUGUGUUCCCCUCUCUCAGUGAAGAGCAGACACUCCAAGAAGUGCCCACGGGCUUGGAUUCUGUCUCCCAUGACUCAGCCAGCUGUGAACUUCCCUUGCUCACACCCUGCAGCAAGGCGGUGAUGAGCCAAGCCUUAAAAGCCACCUUCAGUGGCUUCCACAAGGAGCAACGGCGUCUUGGCAUUCCCAAAAACCCCUGGCUUUGGAGCGAGCAGCAGGUGUACCAGUGGCUUCUCUGGGCCACCAACGAGUUCAGCCUGGUGAACGUGAACCUGCAGCGGUUUGGCAUGAACGGCCAGAUGCUGUGUAACCUGGGCAAGGAGCGUUUCCUGGAGCUGGCACCUGACUUUGUGGGUGACAUCCUCUGGGAACAUCUGGAGCAGAUGAUCAAAGAGAACCAAGAAAAGACAGAAGACCAAUAUGAGGAAAACUCACACCUCAACUCGGUCCCUCACUGGAUCAGCAACAAUACACUAGGCUUCGGAAUGGAACAGGCUCCGUAUGGAAUGCAGGCACCAAGCUACCCCAAAGACAGCCUGCUGGACAGCAUGUGCCCGCCGUCUGCGACACCUGCGGCUCUCGGCACUGAGCAGGAGUUCCAGAUGUUACCCAAGUCUCGGCUCAAUACCGUCAACGUCAAUUACUGUUCCGUCGCCCAGGACUUCCCUGGCGGCAACUUGAAUUUGCUCACCAAUGGCUCUGGGAAACCCAAGGACCACGACUCCCCAGAGAAUGGCGCGGACAGCUUCGAGAGCUCUGACUCGCUCCUGAGGUCCUGGAACAGCCAGUCGUCCUUACUGGAUGUGCAGCGGGUGCCUUCCUUUGAGAGCUUCGAGGAGGACUGUAGCCAGCCGCUGUGCCUCAGCAAGCCAACCAUGUCCUUCAAGGACUACAUCCAAGAAAGGAGUGACCCAGUGGAACAAGGCAAACCAGUUAUUCCUGCGGCGGUACUGGCUGGCUUCACCGGAAGUGGACCGAUCCAGCUGUGGCAGUUUCUUCUGGAGCUGCUCUCUGACAAGUCCUGUCAGUCUUUUAUCAGCUGGACAGGGGAUGGAUGGGAGUUCAAGCUUGCUGACCCUGACGAGGUGGCCCGCCGGUGGGGCAAGAGGAAGAACAAGCCGAAGAUGAACUAUGAAAAGCUGAGCCGGGGUUUACGAUACUACUACGACAAAAACAUCAUCCACAAGACGUCAGGCAAGCGCUACGUGUACCGUUUCGUGUGUGACCUGCAGAACUUGCUAGGGUUCACUCCUGAGGAACUGCACGCCAUCCUGGGCGUCCAGCCUGACACAGAAGACUGAGGUCCUCAGGAUGACCCUGAGCUGGCCCCGGGCCCGGGGACUGAGUGGGAAGCCUGUCCUGACCCAUUGCUCCAAAGACCACGGGAGGGCAGGGUGUAACCCUCUGGGAGCUGCCAAACAGCAGCGGUCUCUUUCCAACCCAUGCCUCUUCCACAAGGCCAACUCCCCAGUGGUGGAAGGUGGCAUGGCCUCCCUGUCCCGUCGUGAGACCCGGAAGGGAAGUGGCUCCGGGAAGCCACCCCAGCACGCACCGAGCAGGCUGUGCACUGAUCACAGUCGUUGUGGCUAUUUGAGAUGAUGCUCCAGGGAGAGAGGCUCUGGUGGAUGCACAAAACCCUGAAGAACAUUGUUUUUCCUUUGGCCUUUCGCCUCCAGGAGUAGCAAACGCGAAAGCCGCCUCCUCUUCACGGAGAGCCUGGGAUAGGCAGGUGGAGAGCGGUGGUUGCCCGCUCCGUUUCGGAAGUCAGUCUGUACAUAUUAUUGUAUCUUAUAACGUCAAAGUCCGCCAACCGUUCUAUUUAACAGAAAUUGUAUAUUGUAUUUAAAAGUAAUUAUAACUGUGUUUGAAUCAAGAACGCAGAUACCUGGUAGAUUUUCUUUUCUUUUUUUUUUUUUUUUUUUUUUUUUUUUGGUUUUUUGGUUUUGUUUUCAAUAGCACCUAGGAACGUCGUUUUACACAGGUGUAAUCUCUUGGGGGCUGGCUGACUGAGAGAAAUCGUAAUAUACUGUUUCAUUUGAUUUUUUCUAACAGGAAUGGGGUCUGAGGGAAGACCCCCCCCCCCGGUUUUUAUUUUUACUUUUGUUUUGUUGUUGUUGUUGUUGUUGUUUUAGUUCUGACUUGCUCAUUAUCUGGCCAGGACUUUGUAUAUUGAGCUUUUUUUAUAUAUAUAAGAGAUUUAACGUUAUUAUUUGAGGGUGCCCCCAGGCCUCCCCACUCCCUCCAGGACUGUAAAGUGAAAGCUAUAAAGCAGUAUUUUUCUCGACAAAUGGCACAUGCUUUCCACAUCUCUGCAUGCCUUAAGUCGGUUUCUACACAAAUGUAUUUUAUUAUUAUUAUUAUUAUUUUUUUUUUUGGCGUAACUGUGUUUUCCAGGCAACUCCCCCUCCCCCUAGCCAGUCGCUUCCUUCCUUCCCCCCAAGGUAUUCUGUGAGACUACAAUAAGAAGACUAUUUUUGGAAAUCUAUGCCUCCUUUUCAGAGAUCAGAAGGGAUUUAUGUAGCAGCUAUUUUUACUGCAAAAGUAACUCACUGGAAAAAAAUUGUAAUUUGUACGAAAGCUUUAUUUUUAUCUUCGUUUGUGUGAAGGGAAACGUGUUGGGCAGGGCUGAGGGCGGUCGGGAGGGAUCGUCCAUCAGCCUUGACCUUAAACAAAAACGGGGCGCUUCCCAUCUCCACGACCCUCCGUGUUUCUUAUAUCUGGGUUGCAUGCGCUUCUUCCUGCUCUGUGCCCUCAGAGAGCUUGCUCCUCUCAUAUUUCUUGGCCACAAAUGCCCAGAAGCACAGACAGGGUGAGCAAGAUGGGAAACGGUGUGGAGCCGUCUGUGGAUGUCCUUGUCUGCUGAAGAGCUCACCCCACUGUGAGACCCCCAUGCUUUGACCCAGUGAUUCGGUUUCAGAAGUGGACCACAAGCCUUGCCAUUCACCAGCAGGGUGGCCUCAGGGGGCCAGCAGGUGACACCGAGACCUUGAAAUGGACCCAAGACCAGCUGGGACCUGGUAUGCCAGUCCUAGGAGUCUAGCCGGCAGACUGAAUGCUUUGCAGCUGAGCCGAAGCUGCUUUUCAAAUGGGACCAGUGUGUCACUGGGACGUCUGUCUGUAACGUAAACAGACUUGGGCCCGGAACAGGUGCCUGCCCAAAGCUUAGCCAUCACUUCAAUUUGUAUGCAGGUGAGCCACAGGAAAUUGCCAAGUUUAGCCUGAGUUUCGUCAGCCAAGAUGGCAGCUUUUCAUGGUUGAACCCAACAGUUAUGGAAGUCUUUGGCGUCGUGGUCUUAAGUAUAAAGGUUUUGUGAUUUGGCCUUUUCCUCCUCAAAUAAUAAAGUGUUUGGUUUAUGCCAA